CUUUUACUCCAGCCGUUUGAAAGCUGGCAAGGCGAGCACGUCUGCACGGUUAGUAGUGGCUCUCCAUCCCAUCCUGACUGAAAUUUACCGUCACGCUGCGAGCAUGGAACUAAAUGAUGCUAACCUACAAACCCUGACUGAGUUCCUGAGGAAAACACUGGACCCAGACCCCACAAUCAGGCGUCCAGCUGAAAAGUUCCUUGAAUCCGUGGAGGGAAACCAGAACUACCCGCUGUUGCUUCUCACUUUGCUGGAGAAAUCCCAGGACACCGUGAUCCGUGUCUGUGCUGCUGUUACCUUCAAGAACUACAUCAAAAGAAACUGGAGAAUUGUUGAAGAUGAACCAAACAAGAUCUCUGAUCAAGACCGAACAGCAAUCAAAGCUAACAUUGUAAAUUUGAUGCUGAGCAGUCCGGAGCAGAUUCAGAAACAGUUGAGCGAUGCUAUCAGUAUCAUAGGAAGGGAAGACUUCCCUCAAAAAUGGCCGGACCUUCUGACAGAGAUGGUGACCCGCUUCAGAAGCGGUGACUUCCACAUCAUCAAUGGAGUGCUUCGGACUGCACAUUCCCUCUUCAAGAGGUACCGCCAUGAAUUCAAGUCAAAUGAGCUUUGGUCUGAGAUAAAACUAGUACUGGACACAUUUGCUCUACCUCUGACAGAGCUCUUCAAGGCUACAAUUGAGCUGUGUCAGACUCAUGCUACAGACAUCAAUGCCUUGAAGGUCCUCUUCUCCUCACUCACACUCAUCUCCAAGCUUUUCUACAGUCUUAACUUUCAGGACCUUCCAGAGUUUUUUGAAGACAACAUGGAAACCUGGAUGACCAACUUCCACGGUCUGUUGACUUUGGAUAAUAAGCUUUUACAAACAGAUGAUGAGGAGGAAGCGGGUCUCCUGGAGCUGCUCAAGUCUCAGAUCUGUGACAAUGCUGCUCUUUAUGCUCAGAAGUAUGAUGAGGAAUUUCAGCCAUACCUGCCACGCUUUGUCACUGCUAUCUGGAACCUUUUAGUUUCUACCGGCCAGGAAGUCAAAUAUGACCUGCUUGUAAGCAAUGCUAUCCAGUUCUUGGCGUCAGUCUGUGAAAGGCCACACUACAAGCAUCUGUUUGAGGACCAGAAUACACUCACUAGCAUUUGUGAGAAGGUCAUUGUGCCCAACAUGGAGUUCAGAAGUGCUGAUGAGGAGGCCUUUGAAGAUAACUCAGAGGAGUACAUUCGCAGAGACCUGGAAGGAUCUGACAUCGACACUCGCCGAAGGGCGGCAUGCGACUUGGUGCGAGGCCUUUGUAAAUAUUUCGAGGGGCCCGUCACAGCGAUCUUCUCUGGCUACGUGAACUCCAUGCUGGCAGAGUACGCCAAGAACCCUGGAGAGAACUGGAAACACAAGGAUGCUGCCAUCUAUUUGGUCACAUCGCUGGCGUCUAAAGCCCAGACGCAGAAGCAUGGAAUAACACAGGCCAAUGAGUUGGUGAAUCUGACUGAAUUCUUUGUGAACCACAUUCUCCCGGACCUAAAAUCUGCCAAUAUUAACGAGUUCCCAGUGCUGAAGGCAGAUGCCAUCAAGUAUGUUAUGAUCUUCAGAAGUCAGCUUCCGAAGGAGCAGCUGCUGCAGGCAGUUCCUCUGCUGAUCAGUCACCUGCAGGCAGAGAGCACAGUGGAGCACACGUAUGCGGCACAUGCUCUGGAGAGACUGUUCACGAUGAGAGGCCCCAACAACACAACACUUAUCACUGCUGCAGAGAUGGCACCUUUUACUGAGUUGCUGCUCAACAACUUGUUCAAAGCACUUGCUCUUCCCGGUUCUGCAGAAAAUGAAUACAUCAUGAAAGCCAUCAUGCGCAGCUUCUCCCUGCUGCAGGAGGCCAUUGUUCCCUACAUUCCCACUCUGAUUGGUCAGCUCACUCAUAAACUCCUUCUAGUCAGCAAGAAUCCCAGCAAGCCUCACUUCAACCACUAUCUGUUCGAGUCCCUGUGCCUGUCUGUCCGGAUCACCUGCAAGGCCAACCCCACUACUGUCAGCAGCUUCGAGGAAGCACUCUUCCCCGUCUUCACUGAGAUCCUUCAGAACGAUGUCCAGGAGUUUCUUCCAUAUGUGUUCCAGGUGAUGUCUCUCCUCCUAGAGAUCCACUCCAACUCUAUUCCCGCCUCCUAUAUGGCGUUAUUCCCUCACCUGCUGCAGCCUGUGCUCUGGGAACGAACGGGGAACAUCCCCCCUCUGGUGCGCCUGCUUCAGGCCUACCUGGAGAAGGGAGGUGCCAGCAUUGCAGGCUCUGCUGCAGACAAAAUACCCGGCUUGCUUGGAGUUUUCCAGAAGCUUAUUGCCUCCAAGGCCAAUGACCACCAAGGCUUUUACCUCCUCAACAGCAUCAUAGAGCACAUGCCCCCAGAGUCUAUCACUCAGUACAGGAAACAGAUCUUCAUUUUGCUCUUCCAGAGGCUACAAAGCUCUAAAACCACCAAGUUCAUCAAGAGUUUCUUGGUGUUUAUCAAUUUGUAUUGUGUCAAAUACGGAGCUAUUGCGCUGCAGGAGAUUUUUGACAGCAUCCAGCCAAAAAUGUUCGGUAUGGUGUUGGAGAAGAUCGUUAUUCCGGAGGUUCAGAAGGUGUCUGGACCAGUUGAGAAGAAGAUCUGCGCGGUCGGCAUUACAAAAGUCCUCACCGAAUGUCCUGCAAUGAUGGACACGGAGUACACUAAACUCUGGACCCCGCUGCUCCAGGCUCUCAUUGGGUUUUUCGAGUUGCCCGAAGACGACAGCAUCCCGGACGACGAGCACUUCAUCGACAUCGAAGACACGCCCGGCUAUCAGACGGCAUUCUCACAGCUGGCCUUCGCCGGGAAGAAGGAGCACGACCCGAUUGGGGACAUUGUUGGAAAUCCGAAAAUCCUGCUGGCUCAGUCGCUCCACAAGCUCUCCACUGCCUGUCCCGGAAGGGUCCCUUCGAUGCUGAGCACCAGUCUGAACGCAGAAGCCCUCCAGUUCCUGCAGGGCUACUUACAAGCAGCCACCGUGCAGCUGGUUUGAAACCGAGGUGAUGAUGUUCGCUCUGUAAGAGACCACAAUUGACUGCAAGAGUAGCCGCAGUGGCCCGGGGUCCUAUCUCAGACCCGCUUCAGCUGAACAUGAGACUUUACGGAUUUCAUUUGACUUGACAGUGAUUUGAUGGAUUGACCAGAGAAAAUAAUCUUUUUUUUUUUUUUUUUUGCCUGAAUUAGGAUGUGUUCUCUGAUGGAAGUUUUUUUUAAGGGUUUUUAAAGACAUGACCAAAACAUGACAUAACUUCAUCACUGCUUUGUGUUUGGGCCUUUUGUUUACUGUGUGGCAAAGGCUAACAAGGAUUUGGACACGAGGUUCUGGUGCAGUAGUCGGUUUAUUUCAGCAGCAGCAACAACAUUUAACAGUAUUGUGGGACGCUGAACAUCUGAUUCAAGUGGGAGGGCUUUCUUUAAGACUUGUUAUUUUGUACGUUUGACCUACUUACGGUUCUGGACGCUGCAGUCUGUGGCUCAAACAUCAUGCUUAAUAUUUUUCUUUUGCAUGUUUCCCUUAGAUUUGUUAAUGUCUAGUCUUUGUUUCCGCACUUGUUUGUUAAUGUGAAUAAAAAGAGGCACUUGUAUAGA